AUGGUGCUUCACAUAGAUCUUGUAUAUUCAUUGUGUGUUAAACGUUACUUUCGGCCGCAGGGGGACCAGCAGCUCUGCAAAGUCCAGGAGGCCCAGCGUGUGGAGCGUGCCGUGCUGCUGGAAGCCGUCCAGGGCCUGGCGAUCGAGCUGUCUGUGUGCCAGCAGAGACAGAAGGACCUGCAGGACACCUUCUCCACAGCCCAGAGCCACUGGAGGGCCCAAGAGGAGCAGCUGAACCAUGAAGAACAGAGGCAGAUGACCGACAGUUUGAUUGAGACAGUCAAAACCGAGCAGAAGAAAGCAGCCAAUCAGUUUGCAGAGCGUAGCAUGGAAAAGCCAGGCAAUCAGGAGGAGGGCAAACAAGAUGAGAUGGUUGCUGAUGCUGCUGAAGGCAAGGGCUACACUCAGAGCAGGCCCCGGCUGCGGCGCACCAUGAAGCUCCACUCCGACCUGCACCAGGCCCUAGAGGGCCUCCAGCAGCAGACACCAGCAUCACCAUCACCCUCCCCAUCAUUAGACCCCAUGAGCUCCUACCAGGUCUCCGUCCAGCAGCUUCAGGAGGAGCUGCAGAGAGAGAAGGACCAAGUAUCGCGGCUGGUGGAGCGUCUGGAGAGGGCCGAGCAGAAGUCAGAGGAGCUGAGGCUGGAGCAAGAGCAAGACACCCAGGAAAGCUGGGACACUGUCCACCAGGAGAUGGAGACCAACCAGGAGAUGGGUGGCUUGGUGGAGCGGAUGAGGGAGAAGGUGCAGGAGGUCAGCGCCAUACUGCGCCGCAAGAUAAGCUGGGGUGGAUGGGCUGGGAAGAAGGAUGAGGUGGAAGAAGAAGAGGAGGAGGUGGGGAAGCCUGCAAACGCCCUUAACUCAGAGUGCAUAAACCAGUGUCAGGCAAUGCACCCAGAUCCACAAAUGCUAGAACAGGCCCAAGGGAACCCAGACCUAGAACCAGAGAAGGGAGCCCAGGACCAGCACUCCUGCCUGGAGACGUUGCUGUGGAGGUGGCAGAGGACGCUGGGGGGACAGUGGGACAUUGUGAAGAGGCUGAAGGCCGACAUGAAGAGGGAGACAGAGAGCAUGCAGGUGCUGGCCGCAGGCCUCUUGGACAACAGACAGAACAGCCUGGACACAUGCCAGGUCCAAGCCCUUGAAGAGCACCUGGAGAUCUGGAGGCGGAGGCAGAGAGAGAUGAAAAUGCAGCUGUCUGAAAUGCAGGCCCAGUUUGACGUGGAGCGGAACCGCUCUGCCGAGUUCCUGAAGGAGAACGACAAGCUGAGCAGGCUGCUUCGCACGGUGGAGUCCUCGGUUGCCGACCUGCAGCCCCUACCCACCUACCACCAGGUCCUAGUGGAGGACGCCAUGAAGGACAACUCUAUACAACAUGGCCGCCACAGGAGCAAGAUGUAAAAAUAACUCUCAAGGACUGAUGAAUUAAACUUGACAAUAUAAUUUG